GCUGCGCAGGACGCGCGGGGACACCGGCAUGACUAGUCCUGGCACUAAGGCGUCGUGGCUCUCGCAGCCGAACGUGAAGAGCGUGCUGGUGUAUCGCAACGGGGACCCUUUCUUCCCGGGGCGCCGCAUUGUCAUCCACGAGAAGAAAGUGUCCAACUUUGAUGUGUUCCUUAAAGAGGUGACGGGCGGGGUGCAGGCGCCCUUUGGAGCUGUGCGAAACAUCUACACUCCCCGGGGCGGGCAUCGUGUCCGGCAGCUGGAGGAGCUCCAGAGUGGGGAGCAGUACGUGGCUGGUGGCAGGGAGGCCUUCAAGAAACUCAACUAUUUAGACAUUGGAGAAACAAAGAAAAAACCUGCUGAAGUCAAUAAUGAGGUCAAGCCAGUCACUCACAGUAGAAUCACCGCAUCAGCACGGUUUCGAAAGCCUCUCCAGGAGCCCUACACUAUUUUCCUGAUUGCUAAUGGAGACCUUAUUAGCCCUGCAGUACGCCUCCUCAUUCCCAGGAAAACACUGAAUCACUGGGAUCAUAUUCUCGAAAUGGUUACUGGAAAAGUUACUCUCAGAAGUGGAGCUGUUCACAGGCUCUACACUGUAGAUGGAAAGCUUGUUCAGAAUGGGUCAGACUUGGAGAAUGGGCAAAUUUAUGUUGCAGUGGGUAGAGAAAAGUUUAAGAAAUUGCCUUAUGGUGAUCUGCUGUCCAAAUCUACAACGAGAAGGCCACAGGGUUCCAAAACCUCUGUACUACCUCCGAUUGUGGGAUCUCGAAAGUCUAAAGGCAGUGGAAAUGAUGGGCAAUCUAAAUCUACCAUUGGAUCCAGUGACUGGGGAGAAAACAGUUCCUCACCUCAGCUUCCCAAAAGGAAAGACAGAAAAAGCCAGAAUCAAGAGAAUUCUGUGUCCAGACAACACUUUUCUAACCACUCUACAAAAGUCAAACAGACAGUAACAGCUUCCACAGGAGUCCUUCAAGAUAAUGGUGAAGAUAUUUACAAAGCCAGAGAAGAGGGGUCUGAAAUGUGGGGGGCAGUUGAAGUGCAAGAAGAUGAAGAUACUCUUGUGGAAGUUCCACUGGACCAGAGGCCAGCAGAAACUGUAGAUGAAGAAGAAAAUGUAGAAGAGGAAAAUGACAAGGGAGAGGAGGCAUAUAAAGGAGAGGAAGAAUAUCCAGAAGUGAAUAGAGAGGAAAAUGAGGAAACUGUUAAAGAAAGAAUUGAAGUGGAAGAAAACAAAAAGAAAUUAAAUGAAAAUUAUGGAGACGAAGCAGGAGAAACACAGAAUUUUGACCAAGCAGAGGGAAAGGAACCUAUCCAUUCAAAUGGCAAAACCAAUGAAGGAAAUUGUGAGGGAAUGGAGCAUUUGAACUACCAAGGUGAUCUUCAGUCUGAAGAAGAAAUAAAAGAGGAUUCUGGCAGUCAGAACCAGGUUGAUCCCGGUCUUGAAAAAACAUCAACAAAUCCAAGGGUGACAAUCACCAGCCCACAGGAAAGUGAAAAGAACGACCAGAGCAAUGACUAUGCAGCAGUUGCAUAAACAGGAAAAAUGUAAUGAGCAGAAAAUGAGAACGGAUAACACUUUAAAAAUAAAGCAUGUUAUUUUUUGUCGUUGGCAACUUAAAUUAGGGAGGCAGGUUGAGUACCCACGUAAUGCGAUGAUGAUGCUCUAUGGACUGAUGAAAAACAAGCAUUUAUAUCUACUAGAAGAACAUAGAAUUAGUUUUAGAAGGUGAGAUUUUAUGAUAGGAUUUGAGGGGGAAAAUGCAGGAGUACUUUAUAGUAGUAUUAGAAAUAAACUAACUAUUUUGUGGUACGAGAUAGUUAGCAGCAAUAGAAUAACCAGAAAAACAACACUGUUCCAGGGAAAGGAAAAGAGACCCACCCACAUUCAAUGUCAAAAUUCCUUUGUUGAUUUUUUUUCAGGAAAAGAAACUAUUUUUUACCUUUUAAAUAGGACAUGUGUAGUUUUUCCUCUACAAUUCCACAUAGGUGUAAGGUAUAAUCUUGAGGUAUAACGUUAAGAUAUAACUAGAAUAUGUUCCUCACCUAAUGGAUUUAUGCCCACAGAAAAUGAUUUACUAUAAUGAGGGGCCAGUUCAAAUAGACUAAAUAGUGUAUUUUCAGUAUAUUAAUUAGAAUUAUUAGGUUUUGCAUACAUAAAUAGCACUUACUUAACACUAUUAAUACACGUGGACAGCCUACAAUAUUGCAGCUUAUUUCCAUUUAAAACAGAAAUUUUGUUGAUUGUCCUGCAAUAGUGAGUUAUUGGCAUCAUGAACAAAAGACAGAGGAAGAGUAUGUAGUAGAUUAGUUUAAAAAGUUGAAUUUGGAUGGAUUUGUAAUUCAGUCCAAGAGAAAAUUUAUUAAUGAACUAAAAAAAAAGACUGUGCCUGGAUUCAGACUGAAAUUGCCAUGACACCAUUGCAGUUGAUGGAGCCAUUUUAAUAUGUGAGACAUCAGGAUAAGCCCACCAGCUUUCUGUAAAAAUCAGGAACAAUUAUUGCCUUUAUGAACCCUUUGCAUAGCCUUAAUGGUUGGAAGUGUGUCAUCAUCCUUUUGAGCAAGCUAUCUCCCAAUAGGCUGUGGCUUAAUAUGCAUUAAUAAAUAAGGCAUUGAUCCACAGUAUCAGUUCACUUAAUGACAGUGAUUCCAUUGGUCUUAUCGUUUCUCUGUUAGUAAUGGGAAUAAUUUGUUGUUCAUAGAAAUACAGCCCUGAGCAUAAUUUUAUUAAUUAUACAAAAGAAAUAGUGGGUUUCCUUAUCGUUAAUGCUAGUAAAUUAUUACUAUACUAAACUUAAUGUCAUUUUUGUUGAUUUCAUGCCAUUAAGACAAGAAUUACAUUUAUGAACAAAUUGAACUUGAAGCACUGUUUAAGGAAUGUGAAGAACCACUUGCCAUAACUGAAACUCAAACAUCUUCCCUUCUUCUACUGAUUAUUAAGUAUAUUUUUCCAAUGUAGUAGAAAAUGUGGAGAUCCUUCAGCAUAUUUCUGCUGCUUUGGCAAUAUUAAGUAUAAAAGACAUGUUAAAAAACAUAUGAACAGGGUUAGAACAGUUUGCCCUGUGGAAUCUCUGAAUUGUCUGUGAAACCUUGAAACCUUCUAUGAAACCUGUAGCUUCCAUUGAGCUGUCUGACAAAGAUCGAAGGGAAUAUUGCAUUUGUGAUCAGUUCAAAAUAGCUCCUUAUUUAGCCAAGCUCUUAAGCAAAGUAUGCACACUUCCUUUUUUUUGUAAUAGCAAUUAAACAUAUAUUCAAAUAUAUUUGAUUUCUCUGGGAUUUAAAAGGCAUUUAUAGUUAAGCAGAAGUAAAAACCAACAAGCUCUUCUCCUCAACAAAAAACAACAACAACAAAACAAACCUGAACCAGAAUGGAUAAAAUUAACUGUGAGUGACAGUGAGGUAAAAUGACACAGGUACCUUUAUUGUUGGUUUCUAUUUAUAGCUUCUGAGUGCCAGCUUCUGUCAUUUCUUUCCUUUCCCCAAAAGUUUGGUAUUUUCCAUGCUAAAGAGACUUACAGGUAUCAAUAAGAAUAAUUUAAAGGAUUAAAUUAAAUUCUAGGGAAAUGUAAUAUUACCAUUUUCCUUCAUAGGAGCAUGAAAUUCCUGUGAGUGUUACUCAACUUUGAAAAUGUUUCCCCCUCUGUUCUCUUGUAAGAAAGGAUAUCUUUUUUCAGAAAAGCAAAUCUGACUUUGGAAUUAGAAAUAUAACCAUUUUAUCAUUCACCUUGCUACACUGACAAAAUGAAUGUUUAUCAGGUUCUUUUAUUUAGGGAAACUAGUUUAUACCUAACAAAUAAUUCUAGUAGAAAUUAAACAAAACUGAUACAGUCUUGGUUUUGCUAGUAGUUUUUCUGUGUUGGUCUGCUGUGUGUGAUUGCUUAACUCAGUUUUACCUGAGAAAUACAUCAUUUUGUAAAGUUUAUAUAAUGUGAUUUUAUUACACUUAUGUGCAACAAUUCUGAGGGGUUUUUUUAAUAAUUGUUUUCUUUUUUCCUUUUGUUUUUAAAAAUAAUUUGCUAUUAAAGAGAACUAGUUCAGA